UAUGGGCUAUGCACGUCUUUUAUUGUUUGUUUAUCUCGUUUGUGCCGAUGUUGUUUUGUGCAUCUUGCCAACCGACGAAAUUAUUCUUAGCCAAGGAAAGUUGAGAGGUGUCAAGCUAAAUGGAUACAAUGCCUAUUUGGGAGUACCUUAUGCUUCUGUGGUGAAACGGUAUAGGGAGGCUGGACCCGAGCCAUCUUGGAGCGGGACAUUUUUAGCAAUAAAUGGAAACAUCAAAUGCAAUCAAAUGCUGCCGAUAGUCAAUACACCAGUUGGUCAAGAAGAUUGUUUAGUUGCCAAUAUUUACACACCCAGUAAUACGAAAGCACGUAAUCUGCCAGUAAUGGUGUUCAUUCAUGGUGGUGGAUUCUAUUAUGGAAGCAACACAAACCUCUUAUAUGAUCCCAAGUAUCUGGUACAGAAGGAUGUUAUAGUUGUCGCAAUAAACUAUAGACUCGGAGCAUUUGGAUUUCUCUGCUUAAAUGGCACUGAAGCAACUGGUAACAUGGGUUUUAAAGAUCAAAUCGCAUCUCUCCGAUGGAUUAAUCGUAAUAUCGAAACAUUUGGCGGAGACCCGAAUAUGGUAACAUUAAUUGGCGAAAGCGCUGGGGCUACAUCAGUUCACUACAUACUACUGUAUGAACAAGCCAAAGGCCUAUUUAGAAGGGCCAUCUUGGAAAGUGGAUCUAUAUUAAUACCAGUUUCAUUUGGAGAAAAUCCGUUAGAUGACGCCAGAAACUUUGUGUCAAAAUUAGGGUCUACUGCAACUGACCCAUUCGAAAUUCUAAAGUUUAUGGAAGAAAGAGACGCAACAGAAAUCAUAAAAGGCUCAUUCGUUAAUACAAAGAAUGAUAUUAAAAGACCGUAUAUAUUUAAACCAUGUGCUGAAGAUCCUCAAAGCCAGUCAGCAUUUAUUACAACUAGCCCAAGAAAGUUGUUAAAAUCGGCUAAAUUAGAUCCUGACGUAGAUGUAAUCAUAGGUUUUAAUGAUAAAGAAGGAAUCAUGUUUGCUGGAUUAUUUAAUACUGAUGGGAUUCGUCAUCUUAAUAAUGAUUUUUCAAGAAUUAUACCUAGAAAUCUUAAAUUCAAAAAUAAAGAAGAAAAAAUUAAUUUUGAAGAGAGUGUUAAGAAGUUUUAUUUCGAUAACAAACCUAUUUCAAGCACAAAUUAUUCGGGCUUAAUAAACUAUUUCACAGAUUAUAUAAUGAUAUACCCGGCUAUCGAGUCAAUGGAAACUUUGUUGACAAAUAACUUGAACGUAUACAACUAUUUGUUCGCUUACGACUCAAUGAGAAACUUAAAUAAAAUAGUUUCUGGCCUUCCUUUUACUCCUGGUGCCAAUCAUGCUGAUGAGCUGUUCUAUAUUUUCGAUCCAAUAAUUUAUAAGUUACUUCCAACUUUACCAAAUGACGGAAGAAUCGUCGAUAUAAUGACAAGCUAUUGGACAAACUUUGCUAAAACUGGGGUGCCUUCUGCGAAUGGUGUUGUGGACUGGUUGAAAAGUGAACCAGAUAAUCUAAAAUUCCUUCGUGUCGGUAAUGAUGUCAAAAUGACUUCGAUGCCGUUUAAAGAGCGAGUAUUAUUUUGGAAAGAAGUAUAUACAACCUAUGCGUCGUUCUAAUUAAAGGUUAUUGAUAUGGUCAGCCCUGGACAGGAGGACUUUUGGGUGGCAGAUGUCGAUCUGGUGCAUAAGUUGUCGGAGCGUCCGGCGCUGGAGGACUUGGAAGAUCAGCCAAUUGUUUUGUAAGCCAUAGUAGAAGAUACAGAAAUAAACCCAUUCCGGAUAUUCUGAAA